CUCACAUGCAGAGAAGGACUAAUCAUCGCAAUUUGAAUCAUUUGGCUUCUAUGAUAGCUUUUCUGGUUUCUCCAAAGUCGAGUGACUAAGAAAUAAGCUGCGAAAACCAGAAAGCAUCACCGACUCACCAUGCUAACUUUGUCGUCCGGAAACUCAAAGGCAACACUCACACUGACAUCCGGCGGAUCGUUUUGAGCUGGCAGGGAUCGGCCGGUGGCAAGAUUGGCGGCCAAUAUGGAGUCCUCGAUAAACUGCGCAGUGGGUCGUCGAGUGGUGUUGAAACUACCUACUCAUUGUAGACUUGAACCAGCCCUCAACCUGCCAGGGAAGCGCUGCAUUCGGAGCCCUCAUGCUUGCCGACGACCUCCUUUCCAAAGUUGGACAUCAAGCACCGCGGAUUGAACGUCCUCGACGUCUACUGCCGAUCAGACUUGGCAUAGCGAAAGGAAUUGGAUUCCAGCCAGCUGCUAUAAAGACCUUUAUGGCCCCUCAUUCCAACAUCUCACCAUAUCCGCAUCAUCAUCACCAUCUCCUUCUCACAAGCUUGCGUUCCCCUUCUGACUACCAUCAUUCAACACUACCCGCGACAACAUGACCACCCAAGAGACAAAACGACAAGUCAUCAUCGUUGGCGGUGGCAUCACAGGCCUCACCUUGGCCCUGAUGCUGCAAAACCUAGGCGUCGACUAUGUGCUUCUCGAGGCGUACGGCACGGUAACGCCCAAUGUCGGAGCGAGCAUCGGUCUCUUCCCCAACGGGUUGCGGGUGCUCGAUCAGCUGGGCUGCUACGAAGACAUUCUGAGUAAGGCACAACCUGUUGAGGAGAUGAUCACCCGAGACAGUAUCUCUGGAAAGCGUAUCAUGACUCGCAAGACGAGAGGUCUCAUCACCCAUCGUCACGGGUACCCAAGCAUGUUCAUGGAGCGCUAUGAGCUUAUCUGCGUGUUACAUCAGCACUUGAAGGAGAAGGAUAGAGUUCUCGUCAACAAGAAAGUGAAGCGGGUGGAGAGCUUGGAGGAUGGCGCCCUGGUGUACACCACGGACGGCUCAGUGUUUGAAGGCCAGGUUGUCGUGGGCGCAGACGGUGUGCGCAGCACUAUCCGGCAGGAGAUGUGGAGGAACGCGGACGACAACAAAGACUCUGCCGCGAUCCCUUUGGUCGACAGAGGCAACAUCCCCUGCGAACACGCCUGCAUCUUUGGCACGGCGAAACCGACGCCGGGCGUGGCAGCCGGCGAGGUCGUCGGCGCGAGCGGCGACGGUACCGUAGCCGGCUGCAUGGGCGGACCCGGCGGAGAAGUGUUCGUGUUCUGGUUCUGGACGCUGCCCGAGUCUCGGCGGUCAUGCCCGAUCGACGACAUCCCGCGCUUCGAUGACGAAGACAAGAGGCGCGAGUUCAAGCGCGGCGCCGACGCCCUUGUGGCCGACAACGGCCUGCGAUUCUGCCAAGUUGUGGACAACCUGGAGUACAGCGGCGUCACUGCCCUUCCGCACUUUGUGAUGCGGCGGUGGCACUACGGACGGAUCGUCAUCAUCGGCGACGCCGCCCACAAGUUCAACCCCCUCGUCGGCCAGGGAGGCAACAGCUGCAUCGAGUCGUGCGCUUCGCUCGCCAACGCCUUACGGGAACAAAACCUCGCCGGCCGUGCGUCUUGGGAGCUGCCCAGGCUCACCGAGGCUUUCGUCGCCGUCGAGAGCCAGCGCGUCGAGCGCCUCGCCGACAUGGUUGAGAAGUGCCAGGAGGCCAUGCGCGCCUCCGCCUGGAACACAUGGAAGGGCCGCCUGAUACACAAGUACAUCGCGCCUCUUAUGCCGAUAGCCACGUGGCUCAACUUCUACAGCAAACAAAUCGCCGGUGGCCUGAGUUUGAACGGCGUCAGCCCCCCGUCAUCAGACCACGCGUGGCCAUACAGCGACGAAAAGAACGUGGAGGACAAAGCAUCCGCGCUGAGAAGAACCAGCAUUGCUGCUACUUUGCCCGUCGCUGCUAUCACUGCCUUGUUGCUGGCAAGAGUGCUCCAACAGCAGAGCUUGCUUGGGGGUUCAGCGCUCUUCUCUCGAAUGAUGGGAACGGUUGCGGGUUACUGGCAAUAAGUCACUCCGCAUCCGUGGUAUAGCGAAGCUCUAAUAGCCAUUGUCCAAGAGGUUCUCUAGAUUUCAGCCGUGAGAAUUUAUGGCCGGGAUCUUAUGACUGAUAGCUAUCCCACUUCUUCCAACCCGACCACCAACCUGUACAUGUGUA